UCCGUGCUGGUUUCAGGUGUCUGGCCUGAGGUGUCCCCGGUUCUUCUCUUGUGAAAUCCUCUAAAAUCAAAGGCUCCCACCAUGGAUGUCGAGACGUCUGAUUUCGGGGCCGCCGCCCCGUUCCUGCGCUUGUCAGAAAAGCUUCGCAUCGAAACUCAGACUCGGCCGUUCGACUUGAAGAAGGACGUCUUCGUGCCGGACAUCAAAGAGGAAUUUGUGAAGGCCAAGAUCAUUUCCAAAGAAGGUGGCAAAGUCACUGCGGAAACAGAAAGCGGCAAGACGGUGACGGUCAAAGAAGACCAAAUCAUGCAGCAGAACCCACCCAAAUUCGACAAGAUCGAGGACAUGGCCAUGCUGACCUUUCUGCAUGAACCAGCCGUGCUCUACAAUCUGAAGGAUCGCUAUGCCGCCUGGAUGAUCUACACCUACUCGGGGCUCUUCUGUGUGACGGUCAACCCCUAUAAGUGGUUGCCCGUCUACAACGCAGAAGUGGUGGCUGCUUAUCGAGGGAAGAAGCGGAGUGAAGCUCCUCCCCACAUCUUCUCCAUCUCCGACAAUGCCUAUCAGUACAUGUUGACAGAUCGGGAGAACCAGUCCAUUCUUAUCACGGGAGAAUCCGGUGCUGGGAAAACAGUGAACACCAAGCGGGUCAUCCAAUAUUUUGCGGUCAUUGCUGCCAUUGGGGACCGUAGCAAGAAAGACCAAGCGGCUGCAACAGGGAAGGGCACCUUGGAAGAUCAAGUCAUCCAGGCCAAUCCAGCUCUGGAGGCCUUCGGCAAUGCCAAGACCUUGAGGAAUGACAACUCCUCUCGAUUUGGUAAAUUCAUUCGAAUUCAUUUUGGAGCAACCGGAAAGCUGGCAUCAGCCGACAUAGAAACCUAUCUCCUGGAAAAAUCCAGAGUAAUCUUCCAGCUGAAGGCUGAGAGGAAUUACCACAUCUAUUACCAAAUCUUGUCCAACAAGAAGCCAGAGCUGUUGGAUAUGCUGUUGGUCACCAACAAUCCUUAUGACUACGCCUUCAUCUCCCAAGGAGAGACUACGGUACCUUCCAUCGAUGAUGCUGAGGAACUGUUAGCAACUGACAGUGCCUUUGACAUCUUAGGGUUCACCCAAGAGGAGAAAAAUUCCAUCUACAAACUGACAGGGGCCAUCAUGCACUACGGGAACAUGAAAUUCAAGCAGAAGCAGCGAGAAGAACAGGCUGAGCCAGACGGCACUGAAGAAGCUGACAAGUCGGCAUAUCUGAUGGCCCUGAACUCUGCAGACCUGCUCAAGGGGCUUUGCCACCCGAGGGUCAAAGUGGGGAACGAGUACGUCACCAAAGGGCAAAAUGUCCAACAGGUGUGCUAUUCCACUGGGGCACUGGCCAAGGCUGUCUAUGAGAGGAUGUUUACCUGGAUGGUCAUGAGAAUCAACAUCACUCUGGAAACCAAGCUGCCCCGACAGUAUUUCAUUGGGGUGUUGGAUAUUGCUGGCUUCGAGAUCUUUGAUUACAACAGCUUCGAGCAGCUCUGCAUCAACUUCACCAACGAGAAGCUGCAGCAGUUCUUCAACCACCACAUGUUUGUGCUGGAACAAGAGGAGUACAAGAAGGAGGGCAUCGAGUGGGUCUUCAUUGACUUCGGCAUGGACCUCCAGGCCUGCAUUGACCUCAUUGAGAAGCCCAUGGGCAUCAUGUCCAUCCUGGAAGAAGAAUGCAUGUUCCCCAAGGCCACCGACAUGACCUUCAAGGCCAAGCUCUACGACAACCACCUGGGCAAAUCGGCCAACUUCGGCAAAGCGCGGGUCAUCAAGGGCAAACCCGAGGCCCACUUUGCCCUGAACCACUACGCGGGCACCGUGGACUACAACAUCAUAGGGUGGCUCCAGAAGAACAAGGACCCUCUCAAUGAAACGGUGGUCGGCCUCUACCAGAAGUCAGCGUUGAAGCUCCUUGCCAACCUGUUUGCCAACUACGCCGGAGCGGACGCACCACUGGAGUCCAAGGGGAAGGGGACGCAUAAGAAGAAGGGGUCUUCCUUCCAGACCGUGUCGGCCUUGCACAGGGAGAACCUCAACAAACUGAUGACCAACCUGCGCUCCACCCAUCCUCACUUUGUCCGUUGCAUUAUCCCCAACGAGACCAAAACCCCAGGGAUGAUAGACAAUCCUUUGGUCAUGCACCAACUGCGUUGUAACGGCGUGUUGGAAGGGAUCCGUAUCUGCCGGAAAGGAUUCCCUAACCGGAUCCUGUACGGGGAUUUCCGGCAAAGGUACCGGAUCCUAAACCCAGCGGCCAUUCCGGAGGGUCAGUUCAUCGACAGCCGGAAGGGGGCUGAGAAACUUCUAAGCUCGCUGGACAUCGACCAUAGCCAGUACAAAUUUGGACACACCAAGGUGUUCUUCAAAGCUGGUCUCCUGGGACUCUUGGAGGAAAUGAGAGAUGAGCGUCUCUCCCGGAUCAUCACUCGCAUCCAAGCUCAAUCCCGUGGUGUGCUGGCCAGGAUAGAAUUCAGGAAGAUCAUGGAACGGAAGGAAUCUCUGCUGGUGAUCCAGUACAACAUCCGGGCUUUCAUGGUGGUGAAGAACUGGCCCUGGAUGAAGUUGUACUUCAAGAUCAAACCUUUGCUGAAGAGCGCAGAGACGGAGAAAGAGCUGGUGGCUAUGAAGGACGAGUUGGCCAAGUUGAAAGAGGCCUUGGAGAAGUCAGAAGCCCGUCGGAAGGAGCUGGAGGAGAAGAUGGUGUCCUUACUGCAGGAGAAGAAUGACCUGCAAUUGCAAGUUCAGGCAGAGCAAGACAAUCUUGCAGAUGCUGAGGAACGUUGCGACCAGUUGAUCAAGAACAAGAUCCAGUUGGAAGCCAAGGUGAAAGAGUUGACCGAACGUCUUGAAGACGAAGAGGAGAUGAACGCCGAACUGACUGCCAAGAAGCGGAAGCUGGAAGAUGAAUGUUCUGAACUCAAGAAAGAUAUUGAUGACCUGGAGUUGACCUUGGCCAAGGUGGAGAAGGAGAAGCAUGCCACGGAGAACAAGGUGAAGAACCUCACCGAAGAAAUGGCUGGUUUGGAUGAGAUCAUCGCCAAGCUAACCAAAGAGAAGAAGGCUCUCCAAGAGGCCCACCAGCAAGCUCUGGAUGACCUUCAAGCUGAAGAAGACAAGGUCAACACGUUGACCAAAGCCAAGGUCAAACUGGAACAACAGGUGGAUGAUCUGGAAGGGUCCUUGGAACAGGAGAAGAAGAUCCGCAUGGACCUUGAGAGGGCCAAGAGGAAGCUGGAAGGAGACUUGAAGUUGGCCCAAGAAAGCAUCAUGGAUUUGGAGAACGACAAGCAACAACUUGACGAAAAGCUGAAAAAGAAAGAUUUUGAGUUGAGUGCCUUGAAUGCUAGAAUCGAAGAUGAGCAAUCCUUGGCUGCCCAGUUACAGAAGAAACUCAAAGAGUUACAGGCACGGAUCGAGGAACUGGAGGAAGAAUUAGAAGCAGAGCGCACAGCCCGCGCCAAGGUGGAGAAACAGCGCUCGGACCUUUCACGAGAACUGGAAGAGAUCAGCGAGCGCCUGGAGGAGGCCGGAGGGGCCACCUCGGUGCAGAUCGAGAUGAACAAGAAGCGCGAGGCCGAGUUCCAGAAGAUGCGACGCGACCUGGAAGAGGCCACGCUGCAGCAUGAGGCCACGGCGGCCUCCUUGCGCAAGAAGCACGCGGAUUCCGUGGCGGAGCUGGGCGAGCAGAUUGACAACCUGCAGCGGGUGAAGCAGAAGCUGGAGAAGGAGAAGAGCGAGCUGAAGCUAGAAGUAGACGACAUGGCUUCCAACAUGGAGCAGCUCAUGAAGGCCAAGGGCAACCUGGAGAAGAUGUGUCGGACUUUUGAAGACCAAAUGAACGAGCACCGGGCCAAGUCUGAAGAGUCUCAGCGUAUGGUCCAUGACCUCACCACGCAGCGAGCCAAGCUCCAAACCGAGAAUGGUGAAUUGUCCCGCCAGUUGGAUGAGAAGGAAGCUUUGAUCAGCCAGCUGACUCGAGGGAAGUUGACAUAUACCCAACAGCUAGAAGAUCUGAAGAGGCAACUUGAAGAAGAAGCGAAGGCCAAAAAUGCUUUGGCCCACGCGCUGCAGUCCGCCCGCCACGACUGUGACCUUCUGAGGGAACAGUAUGAGGAAGAAACAGAGGCCAAAGCUGAGCUCCAGCGUUCACUCUCCAAGGCCAACUCUGAGGUGGCCCAGUGGAGAACCAAGUAUGAAACCGACGCUAUCCAGAGAACGGAGGAGCUGGAGGAGGCCAAGAAGAAGCUGGCUCAGCGGCUGCAGGAGGCGGAGGAAGCCGUGGAGGCGGUGAACGCCAAGUGUUCGUCGCUGGAGAAGACGAAACACCGCCUGCAGAACGAGAUUGAAGAUCUGAUGGUGGAUGUGGAGCGCUCAAACGCGGCCGCAGCUGCCCUGGACAAGAAGCAAAGGAACUUUGACAAAAUCUUGUCGGAGUGGAAGCAGAAGUAUGAGGAAUCCCAAACCGAGCUGGAGUCAUCUCAGAAAGAAGCCAGGUCUCUCAGCACGGAACUCUUCAAGCUGAAGAACGCCUAUGAGGAAUCUCUGGAACAUCUGGAGACCAUCAAGAGGGAGAACAAGAACUUGCAAGAGGAGAUUUCAGAUCUCACCGAGCAGCUCGGAAGCACCGGCAAAACCAUCCAUGAACUUGAGAAGGCACGGAAGAGCCUGGAGGCUGAGAAGAUGGAGCUGCAGUCCGCCCUUGAAGAAGCUGAGGCCUCUCUGGAACACGAGGAAGGCAAGAUCCUCCGAGCUCAACUGGAGUUCAACCAGAUCAAGGCCGAAAUCGAGCGCAAGCUGGCCGAGAAGGACGAGGAGAUGGAGCAGGCCAAGCGGAAUCACCUGAGGACGGUGGACUCGCUCCAAGCUUCUCUGGAUGCCGAGACCCGCAGCCGCAACGAGGCCCUGAGGGUCAAGAAGAAGAUGGAGGGCGACCUCAACGAGAUGGAGAUCCAGCUCAGCCAUGCCAACCGCAUAGCAGCCGAAGCCCAGAAGCAAGUGAAAUCUUUGCAAGGCUACCUGAAGGACACUCACAUACAGCUGGACGACGCAGUCCGGGCCAAUGAGGACCUGAAGGAAAACAUUGCCAUCGUAGAGCGAAGGAACAACCUGCUCCAGGCUGAGCUAGAGGAGUUGCGGGCCAUGGUGGAGCAGACGGAGCGGGCCCGCAAACUGGCGGAACAGGAACUCAUUGAUAUCAGUGAAAGAGUCCAGCUCCUUCACACCCAGAAUACCAGCCUUAUCAACCAGAAAAAGAAGAUGGAGUCUGACCUUUCCCAGCUGCAAACAGAGGUGGAAGAUGCCAUUCAGGAAUGCAGAAAUGCUGAAGAGAAGGCUAAGAAAGCCAUCACAGAUGCGGCCAUGAUGGCGGAGGAGCUGAAGAAGGAGCAGGACACCAGCGCCCACCUGGAGAGGAUGAAGAAGAACAUGGAGCAGACCAUCAAGGACCUCCAGAUGCGUCUGGACGAGGCGGAGCAGCUGGCCCUCAAGGGCGGCAAGAAGCAGCUUCAGAAACUGGAGGCCCGAGUGCGAGAGCUGGAGAACGAGCUGGAAGGGGAGCAGAAACGCAGCGCGGAGAACGUCAAAGGGAUGCGAAAGUGUGAGAGACGCAUCAAGGAGCUCACCUACCAGACUGAGGAGGAUCGCAAGAAUCUGAUCCGUCUGCAAGACCUGGUUGACAAGCUCCAGUUGAAGGUGAAGGCUUACAAGAGGCAAGCCGAGGAGGCGGAGGAGCAAGCCAACAGCAACUUGGGCAAAUUCCGGAAGAUCCAGCAUGAGUUGGAUGAAGCCGAGGAGAGGGCGGACAUCGCAGAGUCCCAGGUCAACAAGCUGAGGGCCAAAAGUCGUGACAUUGGGGUGAAGCCGAAAGGUUUGUACGAGGAGUAACUCCUUCGAAGACCAGAUGGCCAGCUCUCCAAGGACACCCCCCUCCAUGCACCCGCACCCCCAGACCUAAAAGGCCCUGGGGAAACCUCUCCCCCAUCUCCUGCACUCUGUAUAUCAGCA